AUGUUCAAGAGGUCAGUUGUGGAAACAUUAGCUGCAAGAAGAUCAGAUCACAGACCAAUUUUGUUGACCAGUUAUAGAACUGGUUUCUCAACCAUGGUUAAAAGUCAUAGGUUCAUGUUUGAGGCUAAAUGGACUAAGGAUGUGGAAGGGGAGGAUGUUGUUAGAAAAGAGUGGAGAAGGGUGACAUGUGAGCAGGAUGGGUGGGGAAAGAUUAAGGAAAAAUUCAAGGCUUGUGCUCAAGUGCUCACGAAAUGGAAUAAGGGAAAGAAGGUGGACUGUGCAAAAGAAAUUCUGGAAAAAAAAAAAGGACUCAGGAAAUUGCAAGAUGUGGAAGGACCUUUGAAUAUAGAUGCUGUUAAAAACUUGCAGAAAGAACUGGAGAUUUUGUUUUUUCACCUCUGUGCAACUCAGAGGCAUAAGAAGAACCAGAUUAGAGCUAUCCAUAACAUGCAAGGUCGAAAAUGGGAGAGUCAUUCAGAAAUAUCAGAGGCAUUUACUCAGUAUUUUAAAGACAUUUUUAGCUCUAUAAGGCCCACUAAUGAAGAUCUGAGCUGCUGUCUGAACUGCAUAACCAAAAGGGUGACAGAAGAUAUGAAUUACAGAUUACAGAAACCUUUCAUUCGAGAAGAACAUAUUGUUGGGGAUGAGGUUAGUGAGUCCGUUCUACAUUUUCUUAAUGGGGGUAGGAUGGAUAGGGGAAUUAAUUCUACUGUCAUUGCUUUGAUUCCCAAAGUAAAAGACCCUUCUAUUGUUAACCAAUUUAGACUUAUUAGUCUUUGUAAUGUUGUGUAUAAAUUGGUUUCCAAAGUCUUGGUUAACAAGUUGAAGCAUGUUCUAGAUCUUAUUGUUUCAAGCAACCAAAGUGUCUUUAUCCCUAAUAGGCUUAUCACUGAUAAUGUGAUAACUGCCUAUGAACUUUUGCAUUCUAUGAAAACAAAGCAAAAGGGAAGAAUAGGCUCGAUGGCUAUCAAGUUAGAUAUGUCUAAAGCCUAUGACCAUGUGGAAUGGAAGUUUCUGAAGGCUAUUAUGGCAAAAGUGGGAUUUGGAGAGAGAUGGAUGCAGUUAAUAAUGGAAUGUAUCACUACUGUCAGCUACUCAAUUUUGAUAAAUGAAAAAAUUGGAGCAUCUUUUCAACCUGAACAUGGGAUUAGGCAAGGAGAUCCACUAUCUCCUUACCUAUUUAUAUUAUGUGCUGAGGGUUUAAGUGCCUUGAUAACUCAGGCUGAGCAUAAGGGGGAGAUUAAAGGAGUUGCAGCUGCUAGAGGAGGAAUGAGGGUUGGUCAUCUCUUUUUUGCUGAUGAUAGUGUGCUUUUUUGUAGAGCAACUAUUGAGGAGUGGCAAAAGCUCCAAGGAUUGCUUCAAGUGUAUGAAAGGGCAUUUGGACAGUGUUUGAACCAAGAAAAAACAACUGUUUUCUUCAGCUCAAAUACUAGUAUAGACAAAAAGCAAGAGAUUGUUAAUGCAAUAGGAGUAUCAGCAGAUAACAACUAUGGGAGAGACCUGAAAUCUUUUAAUAAAGCCAUGUUGGCUAAGCAAGUAUGGAGAGUUCUCAAUAAUCCAAAUUCCCUGGUUGCACAACUCCUAAAACAGAAGUACUUUAAGAGGGGCUCUAUUCUGAAUGCAAAGAAGGGGACUAAUUCUUCUCUGGUGUGGCAAAGUCUAUGGUCAUCCAUUGAAUUGAUCAAGGCAGGAAGUUUAUGGAGAGUGGGGUCGAGUUCUAGUAUCAGUAUUUGGAAUGAUAAGUGGGUUAAGAAUGCUGUGCUGUUACAACUCAAUCUUCCCAUUUUUUGUUCUAGUAGGGAUCCAACUGUUUCUGAGUUGAUUGAUGAAGGGGAAUGCAGGUGGAAGAAGGAAGUGCUGGAUCUGUUAUUUCAUGAGGAAGAGGUGGAGAAGAUCUGUCAAAUUCCCUUAAGCAAAACUGGGGCUCAGGACAAGCUGAUGUGGGGGUAUACUGCAAAUGGGACUUUCACUGUGAGAAGUUCAUACUAUCUACAACAAUCUCUGGUCAGACAGAUGAAGGGGGAGUGCUCAACACCUUCUAAUAGUAUGAGUGACAGAGGAGACAUAAGGUGGAAAAAACCAGAAUUCAAAACAUUAAAGGCAAACUGGGAUGCUUCAGUUAGUACUAAUCUCAAUAGAGCAAGUUAUGGCAUUAUUAUCCGAGAUGAGAAUGGGAAUAUAAUGGUUUAUGUGUGUGCAAGCCACAAGACAGUUGUAAAGCCUGUGAUGGCAGAAGGCCUGGCUUUAAGGAGGGCAAUGGAAGUUUGUGCUAAUUUGGGUUUGGGAAGGGUGGUGUUUGAAGGUGAUGCUCAGAUCAUUGUUCAGGCAGUGACUUCUGAUGAGGAGAUUAGUGCAAAUUAUGGGGUUCUUGUUAAUGAUGCUUGA